AUGCAAGCAACCCAACUAUCCUCGCAAACGGGAACCAUCUGCCACCUCCCACCAGAGAUCAUCUUCAUCAUCGGCUCAAACUUGAAACUGCGACAGCUCAAGCGUGUCCGGUUUACCUGCAAGUUCCUCUACGAGGCCACAUACACGAACUUCGCCGCCGCGGGAUUCACCCACCUCACCACAGACCUCGGCCGGGAGUCCUUGAAGCGAUUGAAGCACAUCAGCAACACACCCCGUUUGGCCAAGUACGUCAAGGGGCUCACAGUCACUACCACCGCCGAAUGGGACCUGUGGUGGUUCGGUACAGGGCUAGCUUGGCGCCGCUUGCAGGUCCCCGACGCCGUGCAGCCAGAGGGCCUGGGCCGUCUGGUGCUCGAGCAAGACACCGUCCAGCGUUGGCACGACGUUAUCAGUAAAUUCACGCGCUGCUCCACCUUCAAAGUUAUCCACCCUCCCCGCGAUGAAAUCCAUGCGGACGAUCCGCGGGAACUGGAGUUCAUGGUGGGCCGCAUUGCUGCGAGACGCCAGGCGCUGCGCACGACGAUCCCGCGCCCGGCGCUGCAGGAGGGCGAGAUGUUCGACGAUGCCGUCUCCAUCGAGGACGCGAUCAUGAUCCUGUUCCGCAUCAUCGCCAAGGCCCGUUUGCCUGUGCGGUACUUUGAAAUCCGGGCUGACAAUCUGAACCCCGUUUGGAUUGACGACGCGCACUUGGACGAUCCGGACUUCCAGGCUGCUUGGGCUGGUCUCACUGAGUUCCAGUUCAAGGAAAUCCCGUCGGCGAUUCCGGACGGGGAUGGCGAUGAGGACGAAAGCGAUACGAAUUCCCUGCCGGAGAUUCAAGGUUCUGUUGCCUCUCGUGCUAGCUCCAGAUCCAGUGCGAGUUCUAGUUCCAGUUCCAGUUCCAGUUCUAGUUCUAGUUCCAGGGCUGAGGAGAUCCGGGCUGCUCUCCUCCUUGCCGCUGGCGCUGGUGCUGGCGCUGCUCCUGCUCUUCCUCCUGCUCUCCCUCACAUACUUUUGGGGGGGCCCGACGGAUUGGAAAACCAAGUCGACAACGACAGAAUGAUGGCCGAGUACAUAGCAAAGCUACUGUUACUCGCCGACGACCUGAAGGCUCUCACGCUGAGCACCGAGUUGUUCGGCCCCGUCAUCCUCGAAGCCCUGAUGUCCGAAACCAACCGCCGGCGUCAGAAAUUCCAGCUGGUGCACUUCGCCUACACCGGAGAAGACCAGCACUUAGGCUGGGGCGAGGACUUCGUCGACUUUAUCGUGCGCCACCACAAGACGAUCGAGACGCUGGAGAUCAUCGUUCUAAGGGUCUUACCUGGCGGCAUUGAGUAUCUCCUCAAGACGCUCAGCCGCAGGGGCCUUCCCGCUUUGCAGGCGGUGCGGCUGCACAUGCUGGAGGAGGGGCUGGAGGACGAUGAGAAUGACGAGCAGACGGAGUCCCUCUCUUUCCCUGGUAUUCCGCAGGGUGAUGACAUUGGGCUUGAGGACGCUGGUGGCUAUCCCGUGGAUGCUAGCAUUAGCCACACCAUUGAGAAUACGCUUGAUGGGCGCCUCGGGUCCUGUUUAGAUAUAAACGGCCCUGCGACUAAUACGGUGCUGGGAAUGCUGCACCGCAUAGCUGUUAUGGCUGGUCCGCAGGAGGAGGAGGACUAG